UCCCCAGAUGGUACGAUCCUAAUGGACAUUAACCCUUUCGCUCCGUCAUGAAAUCGAAAAUACGUCACAUAACGUGUCGUCGAUCACGAAAAGUAUGAUGAAAUACUGCGCUCUAUGGGUUUCUGCAGAUACAGCGCAGAUACAAGAUACUAUACACUGAGCACUAGACCCAACAACUCCGGCGUCAAUAAGAUAACGAUGAGUCGAGGAACACUUCUGACUCAGCGCUAUAAUAAUAACAGUCAGUUGCUCUGGCAAAGACCAUUAUUCGGUCACAUUUUCGGGAAAUUUCAGCGGGUGUGCGGUGCGAUAACGAGGGUAAAUAUGUUGGAUCUAUGACGUCUCUCGUUCCGUAAUUGCCGUUAACUGCUCAAUGGGUUGUCGCGUGGUCAAAACACCCACCACCACCCCCUUCGCUUUUCCAGAAAGCCCCGAUGAUUGGCCAAAAUAUAAUUUUACGCGGAAUUUCGCAUGGCUCACUUUGUCACGAUCGUUGCGAAGCUAAAUUGAUACCGAGGAUUCUUUUUGUUAAAGUUUAAAAAGCUUUGGGAAAUGUGUGUGCUAUCUAUUCGAAAUCAGAUAGAUAGUUACUAUGGCUAACUCAUCAAAAAUACGGGGAGCACAAGCCACUUAACCAAUUUUCUUACUCAGCUCUAAAAAUAAGGGUUAUCUAUGUCAAUGGGGUUUGUGUUCAGGGAAGUUUGGUUGCUCAGUCGUUUAGUGAUUGGUUUUACUCUGUGCUAAUCUCGGCCGAAGGAGGGGCUUUUAUUUAUUUAGAUAAGACAUUUGGCGCCUUAAGUAUUAUAUUUACCCAUCCCAUUAAAAAAAUAUUUAGGCUGCUGCUCUAUAAGAAAUUUUGGUUUUCUUCUCAGCAUUUUACUUCGAAUAUAAUCCAAUUUAUAUUCGUUAAUUGUUUUUGUUAAAUACAUAUUUUUUUUAAUAUUUUUCUUUCUCUUUUUUGCGUAAUUUUAAUUUUGCAUUUGUUUUUUUUUUUUAGCUUAUUUGAAAACCCUGGUUUUUCUAGUCCCUAAAUCUAUAGGUGAUAUGCUUGUUCGGGUAAAUCAAAGAAAAUUCUGAGAAGAGUGGCGAAAAUCCCCUAUUCUAUCUUCCGCAGAGAACCCCAAGAAAUCGACUCGAAAAGAGUGUUGAGUAUGGCCACGUCGAAUGCAAAUACAAGAAGCUCAACCAUGACGAUAUUAUCGGGUCUGUGUUGAAGUACAUACGGUUAUGAGAACAGGUCCCCGUGUCUUUAGAUACCGCUAUUCAACGCGCUCCCUAGGCAACCGCUCUAUUUCGCAUCGGGCGGGAAUUGAAAUCAGUGCUGGGCAAGCGAAGCACUCAAUUACACAGAUUGCAAAUGGCAUGGAGGCCCAGAUAAGAUUUUCCCCUGGUACCCCUUCGCGAAGAACAGGGUGAUGUACUACCAGCCGGGGAAAUUUAUGGGCCCCCGUACCGAAGGAGGGGCUAGAACACCCUGUUGCCAGUUUAUCAACUCAAUGAAAAUACAAGCGGGCAGAGCACUUACCAUAAGAAGUGCUACCCGAAACUUGUAUAAAAUCAGUUAACUGCUGGCACUGGAACAAGCCACUUGGUUAGCUGAACUUUUUGUUUACGCUCCCUUCGGAGAUACGUUUAUAUAUACACAAUAUAAAUAUAACCCCGUUUAACGAGAGAAAAGAUGUCGAUGCACCAGCUGCUUCUGUACUCACUUUGCCUUUGGGCCGUGGUCGUGUUUUGUGCCCCAACUCCCAGUGAAUCCCGUCGCGUGAUCUUCCUGAAGCCGAAUGGCAUUCAUCGCGGCCAGAUCCUGGCCACCCAUGGCAUGGAGAAGUCCUGCCCCAAAUGCCACAUGCUGGACCAUCGUGGCAAUUGCCGGCGCAUCAUAGCUUACAAUGCAGUCCAGCGUCUGCUCAUCCUGACCUUUGUCGUUCUGGCCAUGAUCUUAGCCCAAAGACCCCGGAUAACGGAAGCCCGCCGCCUGAUCUUCUACAAUCCGCAUACCAAGCCACUCACCAGUCAGCUCCUCGUGUCCCGCAGGCUCACGAAACCCUGUCCCGCCGGAAAAAUGAGGGAUCACCGGGAUCGGUGUCGUCGCGCCGUCAUCUUUGGACGCAGCACCUGAACACCAAGCACAAAAAUCUCCCUUUUUUAGUAAUAGACAUUUUUUUUCUGACCUUGUCGUAAGCUAACUUAUUUUAGUCGUAGUUACGUCACAAUGUGACCGUCGAAGUAUUUAUUACAAUAUUUAUUUUGUAGCUAGUAAUAAUGAUAAGUAAUAAACCGAUGUCGAUAAAGAUAAAAAACCAUGGUGUCGCCUCAAUUGCGCAAAAUGUUUUGCUUAAACGUAUUACAUUACGAAAGUUUGCCGUGGCAUAAGAAAAGAUAUUUAUUCAAUAAAGAGAUUGCAGAGAGAAUAUUCUGUAUAAGCUGCAAAAAAGUGACCAAGAAGUUGCAAAAAAAGUGUGUAAAAUGGCGUGCAAAUUGCCUAAUGUAAAGGGAAUACAGUAAAUUCUAAAUAUUCGAAAUUCUAAGGAAUUCAGUCUACCUUUCCAUGUUACAAGUGUCUUUUAUGUAGAAUAACCUUAUUUAAUUCUAACUUAAAAGAAAAAAGGUAAUGUUCUUAAAACGAAAGUUAUGCCAAGGGAAUUCCUAAGAUGACUGGUUAAUUUCCUGUAAAAUUUCUUUGAAUCCUAUGAUUCACUUAGAAGAGCAGAGUACGUUUAAAUUAGUAAUAGUAUAUAGUCAGUAAAUAGUCAGUUGUAAAAGGAAAUCCAACGCUUUCAAAGUACACUUCAUAUGUCACCAGUAUAUUUUCGCUAAAAAUCAGAGCAAUCUGCAGUUACUGUGGGUACGAGCUCACCAACAUCAUCAUCAUUUUAAGCGUUUCGGUGUAAUGGGCAAACAGUUUAAUCUAGACCCACAUCGAGAUUGUAGGCGAUAGGUUGACAUGUUUAGUAAAUUGCACGCCGGAAAUCAGUGACGUCAGUGAUAUGACGACCCGCAAAACGAGACAAAUAAAAAGAGAGGGAAAACCUUCCUGGGGGAAACCCCUGUGGUAGCUGCUUUAGCAUUUCAUACGCACCGUUGCCAAUAAGUCAUAUGCUCCCGAACGUCAAAUACACUGUCCGCACAAUUUAACAAGGGAUUUCGAAUGCUUUGGACAUUAUGGGAUUU